CGUGCAAUAGCCUUGCAAAAGCGGGACGCGCAGGUUGAACAUCUCCACUCACGGGUUCUCCAGCACCGUGUCGAGGCAGCGCGUCGUUUUGAGAGAGACCAUGCGGCUACAAUCCGGGACUUUAAUUUUAAACGGGGCGAUUUGGUUUUGGUCCGGAAUACCAAGAUCGAAAAAUCCCUCAAUCGCAAAAUGCGGCCACGAUACCUCGGACCUCUCAUUACGGUGUCCCGGAACCGCGGCGGUGCUUAUAUUCUCGCUGAAUUGGAUGGUACGCUCUUCGACCGACCCUUCGCCGCAUUCCGAGUCAUUCCCUACCUGGCACGAAAAUCUAUUACCCUCCCAGCGGACUUUACCGAUGUCGGAGAAGCGCAGGUUCACAGGAUGGAAGAACAGGACGAUCAUGGCGACGAUGAA